CUCAGCUCGGCAGCCUGCGACCUGUUUUACCAGCCAGUGAAAUUAUCCGCCCGGCUGCCACGCUCGGGGGCAGCUGCCCAGCGCCUCGUGCUCAAUGCCUCUGUCUCCCCAGAGCGCGCCGACAAGCUGGGCCAGAGCCUGACCAAGAUCCCCUACAAGGACACCUUCUGGAAGGGCACCACCCGCACGCGGCCCCGAAACGGGACCCUGAAUAAACUGGCCGGCAUAGACUACAAGCAGCUGACCCUGGGCCACAAACUCAACGAGAACCAGUCGGGAGAGCUGUGGAAAGGGCGUUGGCAGGGCAACGACAUCGUGAUCAAAGUGAUGAAAGUCCGGGACUGGACAACGCGGAAAAGCAGAGACUUCAAUGAGGAGUAUCCCAAAGCCUGUUCUCACACUUCUCUCUCUUCCAGGAUCUUCUCGCACCCCAAUGUCCUGCCCCUCUUGGGGGCCUGCCAGUCGCCCCCGGCCCCCCACCCAAUCAUCAUCACACACUGGAUGCCCUACGGUUCCCUCUACAACGUCCUGCACGAGGGGACGAAUUUUGUGGUGGAUCAGAUGCAAGCAGUGAAGUUUGCCCUGGACAUUGCCCGGGGCAUGGCCUUCCUACACACGCUGGAGCCCCUGAUCCCCCGGCACCAUCUCAACAGCCGCAGCAUCAUGAUUGAUGAGGACAUGACCGCGCGUCUCAGCAUGGCAGAUGUGAAGUUCUCCUUCCAGUGCCCUGGCAGGAUGUAUGCUCCAGCAUGGGUGGCGCCAGAGGCUCUGCAGAAGAAGGCAGAGGAAAUCAACCGGCGCUCGGCUGACAUGUGGAGCUUUGCGGUGCUGCUUUGGGAGCUGGUGACGCGUGAGGUGCCUUUUGCAGACCUGUCCAACAUGGAGAUCGGCAGCCCUGUGGCACUGGAGGGGCUGCGCCCAACCAUCCCGCCUGGCAUCUCCCCCCACAUCUGCAAGCUGAUGAAGAUCUGUAUGAACGAGGACCCUGCGAAGCGGCCCAAGUUCGACAUGAUCGUCCCCAUCCUGGAGAAGAUGCAGGAGAAAUAGGGGCCAGCCCCCUGCUAGUGCCAAGCUUCCCCGCCCCCUCCAAGUGCCUUCAGGAGGUGCCUACCCUUCCCACCCUCAACCUGCGUCAGCCACAGACACAUGGUCACA